AUGUAUUUCCUGGCCAGUCUCGCACUGGGAGUAGUGGCUCUCAUUCCUACCGCAGUUGCGGAAGGCUCACUUAGUGAGGAUGUUUUAUUGGGGGCCAGAGUCAUGGAGGACAUGAGGAUGGGGAUCAGAGAUGCGAAUGGGACCGUGCCGGCAGCUGUUGAGGCCGUAGCCUCUCCGGAUUGUACGGCUACAGUGGUCUCGGUGAAUGGCAAGCUUAAGGCGCCAGUAGGUGGUGCCGAUUGCAAACAAACCGUCACUAUUGAGAGCACGCUGGAGGAGCCCAAAGCUGUAACCACAGCGGCCGAGCCUGUUAACAACAAGCCCAACCAACCGGCCACUCCCAAACCAGCGGAGCCCUCAACAACCAAGAAAGUAAAGGUGGAGGUGGCCGUGGCCGUAAAUGUCAAUGUAGUAGAGCCGACUCCCACCAAGGAAGCGCCAGCAGCAAACGCCAAAGCAGCUGAGCCCUCAAACACCAAAGUAGCAGAUGCCUCAAAACCAUCGGUUGCCUCCCCCAAUCAAGCAGCGGUCGUCAACCCAGAAGAGCCAUCUCCCACCAAACCAGCAGAGCCCUCAAAGACCAAACCAGCAGAGCCCUCGAACACCAAACCAGCAGAUGCUUCAAAACCGACGGCCCCUAAUCGAGCCGCUGCCGUCAAUCCAGCAGAGCCCUCAAAGACCAAACUAGGAGAUGCUUCCAAACCAACGGCCGACUCCCCUAAUCAAGCAGCGGCCGUCAACCCAGCAGAGCCGUCUCCCACCGAACCAGCAGAGCCCUCAACCACCAAGCCAGCAGAUGCUUCAAAACCAACGGCCGAGUCCCCUAAUCGAGGAGCGGUCGUCGACCCAGUGGACCCGUCUAAAUCAGCACUGUUAUCUACAUCAUCAGCGGCCGUCAAACCAGCGGACCCUUCAAAACCUAAACCAGCAAAGCCCUCUCCAACCUCGCCUGACAUCACCACUCCUCAGGACGUAGGAACCGCAAAGAAAGACUCUUCUACUAAACCAACAUCCGCCCCGCCAACCCCAAGUGACCCAUUACCAACCGCCAAGAAAACCGACUCGGAGACUGAAGUUGUUGUCGUUCCAACGGGAGAGCAAGGAAAGCCCACGGCCUCAAAACCAAACGUCGAUCCGAAUCCGGACCCGACGUCCAAAGAUGAUCACCCCACGCCUCCGCAAGAGACCCAACCCGUACCGACACAACCAGCCGAUUCCCAUACGGCCUCCAAAUCACAAGGAGCACAGCCUACGAAAUCAGACAAUGGAAACCCACCGAAGCCUGGGCAGUCUCAGGGGGAAGGAAACCCGCCUGAUGUCCCAACAGGUCCUAUUAUUAUUAUUCCCACUAGUAUUCCAGAAGUCCCGGCGAACCCUCUACCGGUUACGACCAAGCUCCCUGGGCGGCCCCCUUUUACUCCUCCUACCGGUGAUCCUUUGCCCCCCGUUACUCCUCCGACGAAGAUUCCUGGGCUCCCUAUUAGUCUUCCCACGGAACUUCCUGGACUCCCUGUUACACUUCCUACGGACCUUCCUGGGUUGCCUAUUACCGUUCCUACUCUCCCAGCUCAACCAACACAGCUACCUGGAGAAGGGCAGCAACCUACCCAAGAACCUGGUAAUGGCCAGCAGCCUGGGAAUGGCCAGCAACCUACACAAGAACCUGGGAAUGGCCAGCAGCCUGGGAAUGGCCAGCAACUUACCCAAGAACCUGGAAAUGGACAGCAACCUACACAAGUACCUGGGGACGGGCAGCAACCUACACAAGUACCUGGAAAUGGACAGCAACCUACACAAGUGCCUGGGGACGGGCAGCAACCUACACAAGUGCCUGGGGAUGGGCAGCAACCUACACAAGUACCUGGGGACGGGCAGCAACUUACACAAGUACCUGGGGAUGGGCAGCAACCUACACAAGUGCCUGGGGAUGGGAACCAACCUACACAACUGCCGCCGCAAGUCACCCCCCCAGUAGAUACUACUGUAGUGCCUCCUGUUACUGAAGUUGAGUCUGCCCCGCCGGGCCCCUCGUCCCCCGAUGCCCCAUCAAAACCUGUUCCCGGUUCCUCGGCGGGCGAAGUAUCACAGCUACCUCCUCAACCUACUGAUGUGCCAACAAAUAAUCCUAAGCCUUCAGAUGGAGGGGCUUCGCAACUUCCACCGUCUAGUGCCUCGUCAGAGGUCGCCCCGCCUCCCACGCCCACCCCGCUGCCACCAGCCCCCGUUCUAUUUGGAUCUGAAACCAUAACUAAAGGCCCCUCCGACGGCCUUGUUUUUGGCUCCCAAACCCUCCGUCCAGGAUCCGCCAUUACGGUCGACGGACAGGAGGUAUCUCUGGCUUCUUCAGGAGGUGCAGUGGUCAUCAACCCGGCUCGUGCCACACCUUUUGUCACCCGUACAAGUGCUCUCCCCGCGGUAGUAGUCGUUGGCGGAUCAAGCAUAACCGCAAACUCCAAUGGCGGGUUUGUAAUUGGAUCACAAACUCUUUACCCCGGCGGAGCCAUCACCACCGAUGGCCAAAUAAUCACGCUUCCUAUACCCGGUGAUCCAACGCCAACCAUAAAUGGAGUUGCUACUGGGCUCUCUACUAGCACUCUUGCCACCAUCACUAAACAAUCUGUCAACAGCAUCGUCAUCGCAGGACAAACACUCACUGCUGGUGGCCGCAUAACCAUCGGUGGCGAUGUCGUGAGUCUGGAACCUGGCGGAUCAGGCAUUCUGGUCGUCGGGACUGUGACUGUCGGCGCAGCAACUCCUACGUCCAAGAAGAAUGCUGGAGCAAGAGCUACUCCCAUCGGUUCUAAACCAACCGCCGUCCUCCAGGUCGUAUCUGUAUUAAUAUUUACUUAUUGGUUACACUAA